GCCAGGCCGAACGGGAGUAAAGUGUCUGCUCCGCUGAGGUGGGAGAAGAGCCCAGAGCGAGAACGCGGGCACUGAGCGCGGUAGGUGGCGGAGCUACCGGCAGCUCCGCUCAGCUAUAUGAAAUAUGGGAGACGACAGACCGUUUGUGUGCAAUGCCCCGGGCUGUGGACAGAGAUUUACAAACGAGGACCACCUGGCGGUUCAUAAACACAAGCAUGAGAUGACAUUGAAAUUUGGCCCAGCCCGGACAGACUCAGUCAUCAUUGCAGAUCAGACCCCUACCCCUACCCGAUUCUUGAAGAAUUGUGAAGAGGUGGGGCUCUUCAAUGAACUAGCCAGCUCCUUUGAGCAUGAGUUCAAGAAAGCUGCAGAUGAUGAUGAGAAAAAGCAGGCUGCUGGGCCCUUGGACAUGUCCCUGCCCUCCACACCAGACAUCAGAAUCAAAGAGGAAGAACCAGUGGAGGUAGACUCAUCCCCCCCUGACAGCCCCGUCUCCAGUCCCCACUCCCCACCAGUAAAGAAGGAAGUCACCUCCAAGCCCGCUGUAAUCUCCACCCCUACGCCCACCAUUGUUCGACCAGGAUCUCUGCCUCUCCAUCUGGGCUAUGAUCCACUUCAUCCAACCCUCCCCUCCCCAACCUCUGUCAUCACACAGGCACCACCUUCCAACAGGCAGCUGGGGUCCCCCACUGGCUCCCUCCCUCUCGUCAUGCACCUAGCUAAUGGACAGACCAUGCCUGUGCUGCCAGGGCCUCCAGUACAGAUGCCUUCUGUUAUAUCGCUCGCCAGACCCAUCUCUAUGGUCCCCAACAUUCCUGGUAUCCCUGGUCCACCAGUCAACAGCAGUGGUUCAGUCUCUCCCUCUGGCCUGCCCAUGCCUUCAGAAGCCAAGAUGAGACUAAAAGCUACUCUGACCCAUCAGGUCUCUUCCAUCAAUGGCGGCUGCGGAAUGGUGGUGGGCACUGCCAGCACGAUGGUGACAGCUCGCCCAGAGCAGAGCCAGAUACUCACCCAGCACCCUGAUGCCCCAUCCCCUGCUCAGCCACAGGUCUCCCCAGCACAACCCACCCCUAGCACUGGGGGGCGUAGGCGGCGCACGGUGGAUGAGGAUCCUGACGAGCGGCGACAGCGUUUCCUAGAACGCAACCGUGCAGCAGCCUCUCGGUGCCGGCAGAAGCGCAAACUCUGGGUGUCGUCAUUGGAGAAGAAGGCAGAGGAACUCACGUCCCAGAACAUCCAGCUAAGUAAUGAAGUCACAUUACUGCGCAAUGAGGUAGCCCAGUUGAAACAGCUGCUGUUAGCACACAAAGACUGCCCAGUCACUGCACUACAGAAGAAGACCCAAGGAUACCUUGCAGAAAGCCCCAAGGAGAGCUCAGAGCCCACGGGUUCCCCAGCCCCAGUGAUCCAGCACAGCUCAGCAACAGCUGCUAGCAAUGGCCUCAGUGUCCGCUCUGCCGCCGAAGCCGUUGCCACGUCAGUCCUCACUCAGAUGGCCAGCCAAAGGACAGAACUGAACAUGCCCAUACAGUCGCAUGUGAUCAUGACCCCACAGUCGCAGUCUGCGGGCAGAUGAUGCCUCCUCCAGUGGAGAGGUCCUUGGCCAGAGCUCGCCCACCCAAAAGCUGAGAGAGACAUCAUACCUUCUCCUCCCACCUGCCUUGCACAUGGGAUGGCAGGGGGGGAAAUUGUGUUUUAAGUGAGUAAAGGACAGUUAUGGAGUUACUCUGUUCAUCAACAUGGGUCGUACACAUCUGACCCGUGUACUCUGAGGGGCUUCCAGCCCCAAAGCAUCAGAUCACUCCCACCUAACACCCCAAGGUGAUUUCUCAUCCCCCUAUUGCAAAAGGACUUCCUCAGUGGUGGAAAUAACACCUCUCCAAGCCCCUGUAGUGUCCACAUGCCCACCUGUUUAACACUAACAUAUCUGCCACCGGAUUGGGAGAGUUUUUCUCUUCUCUUCUCUUCCCUUCUACCAAACUAUAGCAGUCACCUUUUCAAGCCUAAGCAGCAUGCUAACAUCAGACUGCCAGAAGAACAAAGGGAGGGUCCAACUGGAGUGUGCUGUCCCAUCCAGCUCCCUUCAUGUGCCCAUGCCCUCUCUGGAUCAGCCUAGCUUGGUCCCCAAAAGCCACCAGCAUUGUCCUCCCACCACCACCAGUUCAGAUAGUUCUCUAUUAAGAAUCUUGGGUUGCCCAAAUGGGCUUUCCUUUUCAUCUCCCCACUAAGCCUUGGCAACCUCGUUUUGUGGCCUUAAAUUGUUAGCUUUGCCUUGCAGGGGGAAGGGAGAGGAUUCCAGAGCUGACUUCUUGUUUUCCCCCCAUACCUCAGCUCAUAUUGUUGGGAUAUGAUGGAGCCAUAUAUGUCUACAGAAAAUGCAAUUUAAAAUUUGUUCCACAAAGUCCUUAAGAUACUAGCUUCUCUACCUUUUGCAGCAGUUAACUGGCCAAAGUGCACGUGCAUGUCUGUAUCUCUGCUGAUUUCUCCCCCUCUCACUUUCUUCCUGUCCACACUAUUUUCUCUAGCUCUCCUUCCAUAAGUCUGCAGACAAAAGCAGCCCAACGCCAAGGUUGGUCGGUAUGUUUACAGAAACCUGUGUUUCCUAAAUUGUUUCUUAGUCCUUCCCCUUCUUUCAGCUUCACAUGUCCAGCUAAAUCUUUAACUCUGAAAUACCCAUCCUACUCAGCUUCUUCCUUCUCACUUCACCGCUGCCUUCCCUUAUCAGGGGCCCAGAGUCCCAGGGCUCCUUUGGCCUGAGAGGCCGGGGCAUGAUAUGGGUUUUCUUGGGUACAAUGGAAUGUUGUCUCAGGUGGGUACUUGGCUACUUAGGAAACCUCAGUCUUUCACGGGUAGGGUUAGAUUGCAAGGAGGAAUCCUCUCCCUACUCCCAGCCUCUUAUGUGACUUCUGGUCUUCCCUGAACUAACUAUGCAAUAUUGUCACAGGGCUAAAGGUGGCCAUCCAUGGGGAAGCCCUCCAGCUGCUGCUGUCUCCCUGAGUCACCAGAGCCCCCUGCCCCUCUCGCCCUCUGGAAGAUGGGCUUAACUCCCGAAACAGCUGCCAUGGAGAGUUAGGGUAACAUUUUUCACUCCUUUCUCCCCAGAUUACACAUAAGCCAGGUCUCAAUUCAGGGGCUGCAAUGUGCCCUUUUUUGAACUUACCCAGAUGUUUUUCAGGCCCAAAGCUGAGAAGGCCAACACAUGGUAUGGAGUCAAUUUUCUCUUCCUCCUGGGGUCAAGGACCCUACAAAGUCCCUUCGAUGACUCAGAAAGCUGCAGGUGUCACAGUUGCAGCCAGGAGAUCAGUCAUAGCCUCCGGCUCCGCAUCUCUGCCGGCUUGGCCUUCUUCAGAUACUCAAAGUCAUAGCUCAUUUUCAGCAUCCCUUUGGCAAGUACUUUAGUGCUCUUUUUCCUACCUUGGAAUUCUCUGUUUUGUUUUUCUUUUUUUAGCUUAGCACUGACAGCCAUGCUGUGAAGCCUGGCUGUCUUUAUGGCUCCUAAGGAGCUCCACAGACCCUGUCUGGUUCCCCACAUCAAAUGCUUUUAAAAUUGAGGAUCUUCCCAAGAUCAGGUGUCUCUGUUCUGUAGUGCUGGCACCUCAUUUUACCAAAGAAGAGGGUGUGGCUCCUGCCCUUCUGUCUCCAUCUUGGAGGUUGGUUUGGGAGUAUAUUAUUGACCCCCUUUAACUCCCCUUCCCCCAGGCCCAACCCCAAAUCCUGGUGUGCCUAUACUCUAUAGCUCAAGAAAAGCAUAUGCAGAGUAGAGAACAUCACAACUGUCUGCACCACUCGGGUUCUUUUUCUCCUUUUCUCACCCUCCUCCCAGAACCCACAGAGUGCCCCUCCACACAAGAGCCCCAAGAAUGGGAAUAGGAGAGGCAGCAGCUCUGACAGGACCAGAGUUGGUGAACACCUCAGCUGCAUUAGAAAGCAAGACCAGCUGCUUACGCUAAAGUUUUCCUUUUAGCCUGCUGCGGCUUCACUUGGCUUGUUGCGACCACUGUCAUCAUCUUGCCAAGGGGAGCCUGAGAUUGCCCCCAGGGUUCCAUGACCAUCAGGGAGAGGACGCCCAGACCCUGAGACCUGAGACAGUAGUUCUUAGCAGCUGUCCCAGAGAAGGGGCAGACGUCCCUAGCAGAAUAGCUGUAUGGAGGACAAGCCCCCACUUACCAAGCAUAGCUCCUUAAAAACCACAGAGAGAAAGUGCCGAGCCAUGGUGCCGCAACUCCCAAAGAUACAACCUUCCUCUCCCCGUGAAAGGAGAUUUUAUUUGGAGGAAGAGAAGAGGCUUGGAGAGUUUCUCCCACCAGAAGAAGAAUUAGGAAUGCCCUAGACACCCUGUCCCUUGACUGUCAUAUUGACAAUUCGAGUCUUAAGACUUGCAGCAGGAAUGGCAUCUGAUUGUCUCCACUCUGCCUCAUCUUCUGCCUGAUUUGUGUCCCCAAAGAUCACCUAACCACUAGGCUGUACCGUGGAGUGGGGUGGUGCCAGCUUCUCCAGCCCGCUCCUAUCCUGUUCCUCAUGAGCUCUCCCUCUUGGUUCCUCCUGUCAGCAUUCACUACCAGCCAUCUCAAUGCCUCCCUACCCAAGGAGGGAACCCUUCCUCCCUCUACCCCAUCCCAGCUCUCCAGACAGACAGACAUCAGUUCCCUACUUCCACCCAUACUGAAUUCUUCUGGGGCAUCAGAGUCCUAUUCCUCCCAGCUCGACAAUGAGAGAUUCUUUUAAAACCCCUAAGACACAGGCCCUGCCGGGGAGCAACCUUAUUUGGGUUUGCUCUAACCCCCCACUCCAACCUUGCAAUGAUUUUCUAUUAAUAUUGUACAUUGUAUACACCGAAUGGAAAUAGUAUCUUUGUUUUUUAACCUCAUAACCUGACUGUUUAGAAUUCAGUCUUCUGUAUUGCGUACAUAUGCCUUUGUUGAUGUGCUUCCUGCUUUCUUUGGACUUCUUUUGUGUCCAAGAAAAUGUGAGGGAACUGGAUGGGAAGCUGGAGAAAACUGCCCCACCCCAGGCCAGACCAGGGCUGGUUUCUUUUUUCUUUUUGGGGGGUUUUUGUUUUUAUUUUUGAGAUACUCUUCUCCAGCUUUUCUUCCUCUCUUCUCCCCCCUCCCCCAAACAAACUAGGAAGUUCAGUCCCCAUGUCUACCUUGAGUCGAUCUGUCAUUCAGGCUUUUUGUUGACGAUCCUGGCCCCAAAGUGGUGGAGAGGUGCUCACCACAGAUUUGGGGAACAGGGGGCUGGAGAGGGGGGAAGCAGGGAAGGGUGGCCUGGUGCCUCAUCAGUCACUUGCUAUGAAAGAAUACACUUUAAAGCGAUGGUGAGAGAAGUGGCCAGGAACAUGAUACUUGGCAUUCCCAUAAGGGAAGUUUUACUCCUUUUUUGGUUUGUGUUAAAUCCUAGUGGUGGUUUCUCAGCCCCUACCACUGUGACAUUUUCACUCCGAAAGAAAAAUCUUAAGGUAGAAGGUGGUUUGGGAAGAUUGGUCUGUCCUCCCCCAUCUCUAGCCCUUCCCCCAGUAGUGUUUAGUUAGGACCAGGUGUGCUAUCCUGUAUCUCCCCAGAACACAGAAAACAGCCUUUCAGUCUGGGGGCAAGGUAGAAAGUAGGGGAGCUUUAGUGCCUGCCAUGAAGGAAAGAAAUUGCAAUGUCAUGAUGGUGGAUCUCUCUAAAAGGAAACACUGCGUAUCUAAAAACUAUCUCCAUACAUCUGUAUAUCCUUGACAUGUAACCAUAUCUUCCCAUCUAACCCCCUCUCCCUAGACAGGGGGCUCUUCUCUGUUUCCAGGUUUCCCCUACCCUCAAAAGUGAGCUGCCAGGGGAGCGGGUUGUGCUGCCAGCUAUUUUAUUACCAAGAGAUUUCUUCUUCCAUUUUCCCUCCCCUCCGCUCCCUAAAUCCGCAUGACAGAAAUACCCUGUGAGCAGGCUCUCACAAACUCCCAGGAAGGGGACGGGGCAAGGACUUCACUCUGCUCUUCCCAAGUUUCCUCUCCUUUGCCUCCUAGCUGUUUCCUCCUAGCCAUUAUCCCUCCCCCUCCUUCCCCCACAUAUAUUGUGCCUUAUUUAAUGCUGCAAAUAUAACAUUAAACUAUUAACAAGAGAA